CAUGUUGUAUGUUAGGAGCGCGACUCAGUAAAAAUAAAAUGGCAAGGCGCUUGCUGUGAUUGUCGAGAGUGAGUGCGCGUCAAAAACUUGCCUGUGCCGUAUGCGCGCACUCGCUACUCACAAGAAUGCGUGUCUGCUCGGCUUCUUUCUCUCAACCCUUUAGAUGAGAAAGGGAACCUAGAAGGGGCUGUUGAGGGAAAUAAAUUACCUUCAAAUUAGCUUCAAAACCACAGAAAGCAGCCACGUUCGGAAGGUUUUGGAUUGGCAAAAGGGCAGAGCAGAGACUAGGAUAAAUUAAAACCGAGUCAAUCCCGUUACAACGGGCAGCGUUAUAAUAAUACCAAGGUCAGUACACUGAACGAGCGCACAAACCCACGUAAUUUAACGUCUUAGACUGGGUACUGAAUUCGGAGACGGGGAAAUCACCACCAGCCGCAGCUGAAGAUGGAGGGGGUGAUGCAAGGGAUGCAAGCAUACGGUGCGGGGAAGGCUGGAGGAGCCUUCGACCCAUUGACGUUCUUUCAACAGCCUCAAACGAUCCUUCGGCUUGUGUGCUGGCUCUUCUCCAUCGUGAUCUUUGGCUGUAUAGCCAACGAGGGCUAUGUGAACCGGCCUGACGAGAUUGAGGAGUUCUGCAUCUUCAACAGGAACCAGAAUGCCUGUAACUACGCAGUGGGGAUGGGAACCCUGGCUUUCCUAAGCUGUGCUGCCUUCCUGGUCCUGGACGUCUACUUCCCCCAGAUCAGCAGCGUCAAGGACCGCAAGAAGGCUGUGCUUGCUGACAUUGGAGUGUCUGCAUUCUGGUCGUUUGUCUGGUUUGUGGGGUUCUGUUUCCUGGCCAACCAGUGGCAGGUUGCCAAGGAGGAGGACAACCCUCUAAGGGAGGGCGCGGACGCAGCCCGAGCCGCCAUUACCUUUGCUUUCUUCUCCAUCUUCACCUGGGCGGUGCAGGCCUUCCUGGGCUUUCAGAAGUACAAGCUGGGGGCUGACUCGGCCCUCUUCUCCCAGGAGUACGUUGACCCCACCGCCGACCCCAACGCUGCGUCCCCCAUGGGCACUGACUACACGAGCUAUGCCACCGACAUUGACACCGCGGCCAGCACAGAGCCAGCCUUUGAUGGCUCUGCUGGCUACCAGGGCCAGGAGUACUGAGCCAGAGAGCCAACGGAGGAAGAGAAGGACCAGGAAUGGGCUUACUCGGCAUCAGGGGUGGUUUAAGGGGACAUUUUUGUGGUUUAUGGGGACAUGGGGUGUCUUAAAGGUAGCCAAAUCCCAGAUCUGUUUGUGUUAGCUGUGAUGAUGAAAUAUACAGGGCCUUCAGAAAGUAUUCAAACCCUUUGACUUUUUCCACAUUUUGUUGUUACAGCCUGAAUUUCAAAUGGAUUAAAUGUAGAUGUGUCACUGGCCUACACACAAUAGCCCAUAAUGUCAAAGUGGAAUUUUGUUUUUAGAAAUGUUUACAUAUUUAUAAAAAAUGAAAAGCUGAAAUGAGUAUUCAACCCUAUUUUCUUUUUAUGGCAAGCCUAAAUAAGUUCAGGAGUAAAAAUGUGCUUAGUUUGAGCAUGGUGAAGUUAAUUGGGUGUAUUGAUACAACCUGCAAAGCCUAGUCACUACAAAGAUGCAGGUAUUCUAACUAACUCAAGGAAACCGCUCUGAGAUUUCACCACGAGGCCAAAGGUGACUAAAACAUUUACAGAGUUUAAUGGCUGUGAUGGGGAAAACUGAGAAUGGAUGAACAACAUUAUAGGCACUCCACAAGACUAACCUAAAUGAUAGAGUAAACAGAAGGAGGCCUGUACAGAAUAAAAUAAUUCCUGUUUGCAAUAAGGCAUUAAAGUAAAACUGCAAAAAAUGUGGCAAAGCAAUUAACUAUGUCCUGUAUACAAAGUGUUAUGUUUGGGCCAAAUCCAACACAAAACCUCACUGACCACCACAUUUUUCAUAUUUUCAAGCAUGGUGGUGUCUGCAUCAUGUAAUGGGUAUGCUUGUCUUUGGCAAGACUAGGGACUUUUUUUUAGGAUAAAAAGAAAUGGAAUAGAGCUAAACACAGGCAAAAUAUUAGAGAAGAACCUGGUUCAGACACUGGGUGACAAAUUCACCUUUCAGCAGGACAAUAACAUAAAUCACAAGGGCAAAUACACACUGGAGUUGCUUACCAAGACGCCAUUGAAUGUUCCUGAAUGGCCUAGAUACAAUUUUGACUUAAAUCAACUUCGAAAUCUAUGGCAAGACUUAAAUUCUGUCUAGCAAUGAUCAACAACCAGCUGGACAGAGCUUGAAGAAUUUAAAAAAGAAUAAUGUGCAAAUAUUGUCCAAUUCAGGCAUGGUACCAUUCAAUUGAUACAACAUGUGGGCAUUAUCUUUUAAUCUCCCUUAUUAUUUUUGUGUUAACGUGUGUAUGUUGAAAGCCUUUGGUUUUGUCAGCCAAUGUUGACCAUGGUCUUAAAUGUUGACACAUCAAAGAAACACAUCUUUCCCCAGAAAGAAACAUAGCUGUAAUCGCUGCCAAAGGAGAUUCUAACAUGUAUUGACUCAGGGGUGUGAAUACUUAUGUAAUUAAAUAUUUAUGGAUUUUAUGUUCAAUACAUUUGCAAAAAAAAUUUAAAACAUGUUUUCACUUUGUCCUUAUUAGGUAUUGUGUGUAGAUAAAAUACAUGUAAUCCAUUUUGAAUUCAGGCCGUAACACAGCAACAUGUGGAAUAAUUUGAGCGCUAUGAAUACAUUCUGAAGGCACCUGUAGGAGUUGGCAAGAUAGCACUAACAGAUCUGAGACUUGAAUACCUGACAGGGACUUUGGGUGGCUAACAGGGUGGGACUGGACCAAGGGUUGGCAAUCACUGUGUGUGUGAGUCAGAGUGCUACAACAUUGCUGGGAAGGUGGAGGCAGGGUAUGAAAGAGAGCGAGAGUCUUCUCAGAGACCAUGGUCGGUGUGUGUCGGUGUCCAGAAGCGGUUUGCCUUUAGUUGGUUGGCCACCUCCAUGGGAUCAGACAGAGUUCUAUCCAGAAGAGGGUUAUUUUCUGCAGCCUUAAUUCACCUAUGUGUCCCAGUUGUCCACCCUUAUCCCAAAGUGUGCACUUGCAUACUCCCCAUCAUGGAUAAAAUGGGAUUGGUGUAAGCAUUGGCUGGAAGGAGUUUCCACCAAACCUUGAUGGAGAGUGUGCAAGUGCACACUUUGGGAGAGAGGUUGGGAGUCGGGAUGCAGUCUUGGAACUCAUACACACCUAUACUAGCACAUAUAUCAACACAAAUUAAAGAAGGAACGUUAGGAAUGCACUUAGUGUGCAAACCUACUUUCUGGCAAACAUAAAGGGACGAGAUAGUCACCUGAUGAUAUAGGUGAUGGGACCUGAACAACGCAAGUCCUACGAAACACCACUGUGUUUUGUGGGCCUCAACACUAUAGCCUGGUCAUUGCACAAUGACCUAGGACCUGCUUGCCAUCCCUUUUCAGCCAGUUUAGCGUUCUUUGUUUGGCAAAUGUAAAAUGACACUGUUUGGUGUCUACUCUUGGCCAUAUCUAUGCCAAAUUAACACCCAAGCCAAACCCACUGUUAACGGUGCUAAAUCUGAAAGGUUAUCCCAUCAUACAGGACAAAGGACAGGGUAUGACAUACAGGAACCGAACAACUAACAAUAAAGCACAACUAUAGACGCGCCACAUUAACACAAAUUGAGCUGUUGCAGAUGUGCUGCGUCAUCACCAGCGCAAACUCCGAUAUUGUCCUCAAACUGUUCAUAGCAGAAAAUUCUCAAACUAGAUAAAUCGGUAAACAUUUAAUCAAAUUCUUAAGCAUUCCAUCAGCAGACACCAAAUUCUAUAUUGAUGACGUGUAAGCACUAAUUAAGAAGACCAAUGUACAUAACCAACUUAAAAGCCAAGUCCUUUUCCGCCAAUAACCAACCCCCAUGCACCAACGUUGACUGCCAACCAAAAUGUGACCAACACUGGCUUGACAUUGUGUAUGUCCUUAAAAUCAAAGUGAGUGUCAAUUGCAUACUCCUGUCCUCUCUCCUCACGUACAUAUCAAAAGAAUUGGAGGAGAAAGUCAGAGGGGCGGGAUCUCUGUUUUUUUCAUCCAACGGUUUAAAGAGAAGGGGGUGAGAAGAGAGGACGCGAGGAGUAUGCCAUUGAGAUUCUCCCAAAGUGGGCUCAGAAGCCUCUCAUUUGACUUAGCACUAGAAUACCAGCAGUUGAUUUCAGACUGACCGGUGCUUGUUAUCUCUUCUUUCAUGCCAACAGCUGAAGACUUUAGUGAUUUCUGUUUCCAAAUGUUUGUAAUGAUCCAUGUAUAUGUAACUGAGUGGGGUUUUUUCCAAGGCAAAACGUGCUCAAGAAUUGUAUAUAUAUUCUACUAUUUUUUGUAUAUAUACAGUACCAGUCUGUUUGGACACAGCUACUCAUUCAAUAGUUUUUCUUUAAUUUUACUAUUUUCUACAUUGUAGAAUAACAGCAAAGACAUCAAAACUAUGAAAUAACGCAUGGAAUCACGUAGUAACCAAAAAAGUUUUAACAAAUCAAAAUAUAUUUUACAUUGAGAUUCUUCAAAGUAGCCACCCUUUGCCUUGAUGACAGCUUUGCACACUCAUGGUAUUCGCUCAACCAGCUUCACGAGGUAGUCAACUGGAAUGCUUUUCCAACAGUCUUGAAGGAGUUCCCACAUAUGCUGAGCACCUGUGGCUGCUUUUCCUUCACUCUGUGGUCCAACUCGUCCCAGACCAUCUGACUUGGGUUGAGGUUGGGUGACUGUGGAGGCCAGGUCAUCUGAUGCAGCACUCCAUCACUCUCCUUCUUGGUCAAAUAGCCCUUACACAGGCUGGAGGUUUGUUGGGUCAUUUUUCUCUUGAAAACAAAUGAUCGUCCCACUAAGCGGGAUGGGGUAUUGCUGCAGAAAGCUGUGGUAGCCAUGCUGGUUAAGUGUGCCUUGAAUUCUAAAUAUAUCAUUGACAGUGUCACCAGCAAAGCAACCCCUCACCAGCACACCUCCUCCUCAAUGCUUCACGGUGGGAACCACACAUGCAGAGAUCAUCCGUUCACCUACUAUGCGUCUCACAAAUACACGGCGGUUGGAACCAGAAAUCUCAAAUUUGAACUUAUCAGAACUUAUGGUCAGUCGAUUUCCACAGGUCUAAUGUCCAUUGCUUGUGUUUCUUGGCCCAAGCAAGUCUCUUUUUAUUGGUGUCCUUUAGAUGUGGUUUCUUUGCAGCAAAUCGACCAUAAAUGCCUGUUUCAAGCAGUCUCCUCUGAACAGUUGAUGUUAAGAUGUGUCUGUUACUUGAACCCUUUGAAGCAUUUACUUGGGCUGCAAGUUCUGAGGCUGGUAACUCUAAUAAACAUAUCUUCUGCAGCAGAGGUAACCCUGGGUCUUCCUUUCCUGUGGAGGCCUUCAUGAGAGCCAGUUCAUCAUAUCGCUUGACGGUUUUUACGACUGCACUUGAAGAAACUUUCAAAGUUCUUGAAAUGUUCCUGAAUUGACUGACCCUUAUGUCUUAAAGUAAUGAUGGACUGUCGUUUCUCUUUGCUUAUUUGAGCUGUACUUGCCAUAAUAUGGACUAUCUUCUGUAUAUCACCCCUACCUUGUCACAACACAACUGAUUGGCUCAAAGAAAUUCCCCAAAUUAACUUUUAACAAGUCAAACCUGUUAAUUUAAAUGCAUUCCAGGUGACUACGUCAUGAAGCUGGUUGAGAGAAUGCCAAGUGUGUGCAAAGCUGUCAUCAAGACAAAGGUUGGCUACUUUUUAACACUUUUUUGGUUACUACAGGACUGUGUUAUUUUGUAGUUUUGAUGUCUUCAUUAUUAUUCUACAAUGUAAACAACAAUAAAAAAUAAAGAAAAACCCUUGAAUGAGUAAGUGUGUCCAAACUUUUGACUGGUGCUGUAUAUACUACAUAUAUUAUUUUUUUUAAACAGGAUGUUUAAAUUGUGGCAUACAUAACAAAUGUGUAAUUAUGAACAACAUGUUCAACAUACAUGUAUGAAAUAAAAAAUGUAAUACAUUAUUAUUAACCAGAUAUUACUAUGUUAAAAACAAAGAUAAUAUAUUGUACCUAUUAUUAAAAUAGCAUAUGUCUGUAUGUAUUAAUGCAUUUAAAGUGUGUGUGUUUCAAAAUAACUGACAUCUUCGGCUGUCAUUAUAUGCGGUACGGCAUUGUUUUCUGAUCAGGAAACAUUUACUUUGUCAUGUUUUACUGUUGCAAAACCUUCUGGGGCGAAACAUUUAGGUAACACUUUAUUUGGACAGUCCCAAGAAGAUGGGUUGUAGAUGGUCAGUCGAUGUUCAAAAACUAACAAAAACAUUUCAACUAACUAUCCACUAACCUUAACCCUUAUCCUAACACUGAACUUAAACCUUAGCCUAGCCCUAACCUUAACCCUAACCCUUAUUCUAAACCUAAUCAUAAACGUAACCUUAGCAGACAUUUGCUUAUCAACAGCUACUUAGUUGAUACUAUCACCAUCUGUAGUUCAUCUAUAUGGGACUAUACAAAUAAAGUGUGGCCAACAAUUAUAAAGAGAAACUGGGAUAAUGGGACAAAACUACCAAUUAUAUAGAUAUUGUGUAAGAAUUAUUUGGUCUUUGUGUGCUACUACAGAGUUGAAAAAAAAAUAGUUGUAAUGCUUUUGAUGUGAUGAUUUUUGAUUAAAUUAAUCAGUUAGGUAAUUAAGGAUACAUAAUUAUUACCUGUGUGUUGCUUGUUUGUGAAAGAUCUGAUGUAGAUGUGGCGGACUUUGUCGGGAGACGGUCAAUAAAGGAAAAGCUGUGGUAUGGUUGAACUUGAGUGCAAUUAUGUUUGUUUAUUUUUUUCAUGUGGGUUUUACUAUUUAAACCCAGUGUUGAAAUAUGUCUGGUGUUAACCUUUGUGGCUGAUAUUAUUCUCUACUGUCUGAUCUACCACAGCAUCCAAAAAAGAACCUGGCGAAGGCAGAGGACAAGCGGGAGCCAAAGGAGUGCUUCUUGUCUUUCUCUGUAGCAGCUGAAACUACAGUACAGAUCAACAAGAGAUCAGUACUCUGACAGGCCUGUAAUAGCUGCUGUCACCUGUAUUUAAAUGGUACACAGCUUAACACAUUUCACCACAAUGGAUUUAACUGAUUUCCACACAAAAUUCAAAGGUAACCUGUGACGUGAGCAUUUGUGAUGUUAGGAAAAAUUACCAGGCAGGGGUGCCACUGAAUUAUUGAAGUUCUUUCCUUUACGAGGAUUGGAAGAUUUCUUCUGGCUUUUGUUCUGAAAGCUCGCUGUCUUUGAUAGAGUUGAAGGCACCUUACGCUGCUGUUAACCGCAGACAUCCACUUGUUUGCGAUAAUGUAUUUCUCUAAUCAAUUAAUUGAAAUAAAGAUACUUAAUUUUAAUCUA